AUGUUGGACUUGCUCAUAGAAAGACAGUAUCCGCCGCCCAAUGAUGAAGAUGAAGAGGUCAUUGGUGAAGACAGGUUCUGCACUGAGCGAGCCGUCUACGAAGCGUUUCGGCACGCCUACGAAACCAACCCAGAAUCCCUUCCUCGCGAAUUAGUGGCAGGAUAUGCCAUCUUGGUCACGGAGUUCGUGGAUGGGCCAUCCCUGGCGGGGAUGCCAACUUCCAAAGAGCUCAAGUGUGCGGCACUCCGCGCCAUGAUCGACGUGCUUGCUGCAGGCGUGGUUCACCUGACAAUCAAAUCCGAACCUUUGUCAUCCGCCCCGGACCCGGUACUCACGUAA